AUCCGGAAUAGCUUUUCUGUGUGACAGCGUCUCAGUACGGUUCGCUACUGAAAUGAUUGUCAACCUUCAAUUUUCUGCCCUUCUCCAGAAGUGUGUACUACUUCCAAUUCCCUUCAUGAAAGCCUUGCCUUGGCUUUUGGGAAUUUCCACUAUAUUCUUUUCACCGGUCUUUCAUUUUUUAAAUCCAUGAAAGGGACUGUGCAAAUGGUUUGUCCCUUCAAAUCCCUUCUUGUGAAGAACUGGAAGGCAGCCAAUGAGAUGCGCCCAUAAGUCAGCUGACACUUUACUAUGUCAAGCUGAUUUGAAGCUUUCACUUUCACUUCAGUGUAGCGUAGUGGAUUUUUUUUAAACAGUUGUUGGUAUGAAUUUGGCUUACGCUCAUCCUGUUUUUCAUUGUUUUAAUAUUGAUCCACCAUUGCUCAGGUAAGAUGGACAAGUGUGUUUGUCUAACUCAGGGUGUCUUUGUGUGUGAUGAUCAGGCUCAUGCACGUAGAGAUCCUGUUUCCUGGAAGUCAGGCAAGCAAGGGUAAGGUAAGUGCUACGUUUCAUGAACUAUGUUUAGACUACAAUAUUAUGUAUGCCUGCAUUAAAAAUAUAGCAUUUUUAUAUUUCACAAAAUGUUUCUAUUUCCAUUUUAGUUGUUUCACUUGUUAUUCAUAUCUUGACAUGACACAAACACCCCUUUUUAUCAUUACAAAUAUUAUAGCUUACAGUAUGUACAAAUAUUUGACAGUUAAAAAAAAGUUUAUAUUAAUAAAUAUAUGUGGGCACUGGGAACCAAUGCAUUUAUUUUGUUUCUUAAAUGUUCUUUUUGUUUGUGUUUUGUUACUGAAUUAUCAGAGUAAAGAAGGCAUAAAGAUGGUCAGAUCAAGGAGUGGAGUCAUGUUAAGUGGCAUAUUUCAGGUUAAAACCAUGCCUUUAGGUUCAUUAAGUGGUUAAUUAAUAUUUUAUCUUUACUUUUACUUCAUGAGGAACUUUCUAAAGUGUGCUCUCUAGGACUCAAAACUGCUAUUACUUCUAUUGCCCGGUAUUUGGUAUAAACAGCUCCGGAGACCACUGCACCUUUUUCUUUCCUUUCCAAAAAAGUCAAAAAGGAAGGUGUGGAGUGAGGAACAGAAGCGUGGUUUAGUGGUCUCUUAAUUUUUUCCGGAGCUGUAUUUUGUUCUGUAAUUUUUGCUUCAACAGACAUUAGAUUUGAACACGGAUGCUGAAUACUCUGAGAUGGGAACUCUACUGCAAAUAAGUCACCCUCAUAUUGUAAGCUACAUAAACUCUUUUCAAGAUGGUAAUAGUUACUAUGUAGUUCUGGACCAUUGUGAGGGUGGAGAUCUCUCACAGAAGAUAAGAGACAGGAAGGAGACUGGGAUCCCUUUCUCAGAAGAACAGAUCAUGGACUGGCUUGUUGAGAUCUGUAUGGCCAUUAAGUGUGUCCAUGACAAGGGCCUACUUCACAGAGACCUGAGACCUCAGAAUAUCUUCCUCACAAAAUUUGGGACACUCUGUUUGGGAAAUUUUGGAAGAGUCACUGAAAAAUCUUCAGAGAAUGGAGUAUUGGCCUACUUAGGUCCAGAGAUUCUGAAAGGUGGAAUAUAUAACACCAAAAGUGAUAUAUGGUCCCUGGGAUGUGUGCUGUAUGAGUUGUGCAUGCUUCAGUCUGCAUUUACUGCAGAGAGCACAAUCAACCUCAUCCCCAAAAUAUUAGGUGGUCCUUACCCAUCUCUCCCAGAAAGCUUCUCACCUGAGCUCUGUGAACUGCUGUUUGACAUGUUCCAACAAGACCCAUCCAUUAGGCCUUCAAUUGCAGAAAUCCUGGCAAAACCCUUCAUUAUUAGUUUCCUUACAAAAAAGAGUGAGAAAACUGUGAAGGGAAUGCAGGCAAAUUUGGACAACCUGAGAGCGUUGGCAGAUGGCUUGGAGCGUGUGCACCAGGGCACCACCAUAGGCAGUCUGACAGGAGGUGUUAUUGGGGCCGCUGGAGGAAUCACCUCCAUAGUGGGACUCAUCCUAGCUCCCUUCACUCUGGGCGCCUCCCUGAUCGUCACUGGGGUCGGUGUUGGGGUGGCUAUCGCUGGUGGAGCCACAGCCGGAGUAUCCAACAUAACCAACAUGGUCAAUCAGUCUACAGACCGAAAAGCCAUCAAGAACAUAAUCAAAGAGUUCCAGGAGAAGCUGAACUCUGUGGUGGUUUCUCUGAAAGACAUUGCUGAGGGAUUGGAGAGGCUGAGUGUGAGUGGCUCCUUUGACACAGAAAGUAACCAAUCCACUGCUGCGAAUCUGUCAAGGGCUGGAGCACGAGUUGGGAGGGGCCUAGGGGCCAUUCCAGAGCUCAUCCGAUUGAUCCAAGUGGCCAACAUCGGCAAGGUUGCAGCCCAAACCGCCAGGGCCGUGCGUGUGGCAGAAGUGGCAACUGGAAUAUUCACUGUUUUUUUUAUAGCAGUCGAUGUGUUCUUCAUCGCCAUGGAUGCCAAAGAGAUCUACAACAUCCGACAGGCAAAGGCAAUCGAGCAGUCUGUUAAUACCAGUCGUUUAGAAGUGAUGGACACUGAUUCAACCAUGGAGCUGAUCCAUGAAUGUGAAGAACCAGUUCCUGAACCCAAGCCUGAGGUCCAGUCAGAGACCAUGAAGUUCAUCCAGACUAUCAGAGAGACUGCUAAUCAGCUACAGGAGAGCCUGAAUGAAUUGAGUGAUGUCCUUUCAUUCAUUCCGAAGAUAGAAGACUCUUACUGGGACAACUGAGAGUUUACUUUGUCAAAGUGAUUUUAAAAUAUGAAGAAACAAGACAUAGAGAUGUAAUUAAUCUCAUUGUCUUUUCAGAGAUCCAUGUUUUUUCCCCAGACAUCUCUACUGCUGAACUUUUUUUUUUUUGUGUUUGUAUAUUCAAUUGUAUGUAUAUAUUAUAUUCUUACAAACAAUGAUGGCAGAUGUAUUACACAAUUCCAAAAUUAUAGCAGUUAAAUGUCUCUGCUUGCAAGUCUUAAAACUUGCAACGUUUCGAUCAAAAGACCUACGUCAGAGGCAUAAAACAACCGUGAUGAACAAGGCAUAUAUAUAUAUAUAUAUAUAUAUAU